AUGGGUGGUCUUAAUCUCGAAGUGUUCAAGUUCGGCACGUACGUCAUGUUUCCUAUUGGAAUCAUGUUCUACUUCGGAACCAACCUCGACCAUCGCUUCGCCGUUCCCGGAUUCUGGCCCAAGCCUGAGGAGUGCAACAAAAUUCCCAAAGAUCGAGACGAGAUCAAGGCCGAAUACGAGCGCAUUGUCGCGCGACAAAAGCUGCGACAGGCCAGAAAGCUCGAAGAGGAGCGUCGACGAGCAGCGCAAACCCCGAGCAAUGAAGGCAACGAUUCUUAA